GCGAAGGGCCGGACGCCUCCCGGUGUGAACACCUGGCAAUUCAACUUCAGGUUUGACAAGAAUCGCGACAAACUCGCCAAAGACUCCAUCGAUCUGCUCGUCAACAGUGGCCUCAACUUCGACCGCAUGGCGUCCGCCGAUGGGAUCGAUGCGACCGAUUUCGCGGAACUGCUGACCACUUCUGGUCUGGUCCUUAACGAGAGCACCCGUUGGAUCUCAUUCGAUGGCUGUUACGACUUCGGCUAUUUGUUGAAGAUAUUGACGGACGAGUGUUUGCCGUCCACUUUGCAAGAGUUCACCGAAUUGUUGUCCAUUUUCUUUCCGGUCGUUUACGAUAUAAAACUGGUGUUGAAUUGUAUUAAGGGAUACGCCGGAAGUCUACAAGACGAAAGCCUUCAGUUGGAUGUUCGGCGAUACGGCGCUCCCCAUCAGGCCGGCAGUGAUAGCCUAUUGACCGGCAAUACAUUCUUCAGACUCCUU